AUGACUACCCCUUCCAUGCCAGCCCGCGGCGAUAGAACCGCACCCACUUUCGACCCUCGCCAACCUCGGGAACUCCGGCGAUACUUCUCGGACCUCGAAUUCCACUUCAAUCGAUCUACGGUCGUCGACACUACAGAACGCAAAAAACACGCCUGCCGAUUCCUCGAUGUCGACACCUGCGAGCUCUGGGAAACCCUGGCCGAGUACACCAACGCCGCAAUGUCCUACGAAGAUUUUUGCAAGGCAGUUUAUCGCCUCUACCCAGGAUCAGAAGAAGAGAGGAAAUGGUCAGUGGCGGAUAUGGACAAGUUGGUCGGAGAAAGUAGCAGGAUAGGGAUUUUAUCGCUCAGCGAUCUAGGCGAGUACUACCGCCAGUUCCUCGCGAUCACCUCUUUCCUCCUCAGCAAGGAUCGCAUCUCCACCGCCGAACAAGGUCGCGCCUUUACCCGCGGAUUUCAGCCCGAAUUAUGGGGCCGCAUCUCGCAACGCCUCCAGCUCAAGUUCCCAGAUCACUUUCCCGACGACCCGUACCAGUUACAAGACAUUCACGACGCCGCGAGAUUUAUCUUACAUGGCACCUCGUCGACAUUUCAACUGGCCUCCUCCGACAGUUCUCGCGCGACUCGCGGAACGAAGACCGAACCAUCGAUAAAAACCGAGGACCUCGCCACCAUGUUCGAACGCAUCGCUGAAACCUUCGUCAAAGCACUCGCAAACCAGCCCGCACAAGUCUCGACAAUGUCACAGCCACCACGCGCGCGUCGCGAUCCCAGUAGCUCGGACCGCUGCAUGUUUUGUGGAGGACCCGAUCAUUUUGUACGUGAAUGCGGUGAGGUUGCUGAAUAUAUCAGGGUUGGGAAGUGCAAGAAGAACACGGAAGGAAGGAUCGUAUUAUCGACAGGCGCAUUCGUACCGCGAGAAAUUCCGGGUAACAACCUCAAGGAUCGCGUCGAUGAAUGGCACCGUCGCAACCCCGGCCAGAUCGCCACCGGCUCGAUGAUGUUCACCGUCAACGCCCCACCAGCACCAUCGUUAACGGACGUCGAGAGGAUUCAAAGCCUUGAACACGAGCUUUUCGCGCUACGCACCCGAGGAGGCGUCAGGACGCGAGCCCAGGCCCAGGUCGACCGCGACAGUCGGGAAGAUACGCCCGAGGUCGACAACCGCCACUCGAUGUCUCCUACCCCGGCGGUACCUCGAGAAGCGCCAGCCCACCAAGCCGCAGCCUCGACAAGACCUCGCGCACCGGCGCCGGCAGAACCUCCAGUACACCCAUUCGCCAACGCCCCCGACGCCACCUACGCGCCGCCUCGCGAUCGCAACAUCGGGGCACUACCCAAUGGUUCCGCAUUCAAGAAAGACGGUCCGGCAUACAAGACGACGGUACCCAUCUAUGAUGAGAAAGUCGCCUCCGAGGUCUAUAACCGGGCAAUGUCGACACAAGUGACGCUUACUCAGCGCGAACUCCUCUCGCUCGCCCCGGAGGUAAGAUCUCAAGUUCGCGAGGCAACAUCGGCAAGGAGGACACCUCCCAAAGACCCGAAUCAAGUCAGGACGUUAUACCAAGACGCGGAACUUCCCUACGCAAUCGACGACCUCGACCCACCGACAUCGACAGUCUCCUCCUUCGCGCACAUAAUCCACCAACCAGAGACACCUCCGCCGGGAUCUCUCGUGGUGCCCGAUUGUUACGAACAAUAUCUCAGCUCACUCUCACCCGGUCAGAUUCCCCAACCGCUCGUCAUCGCUAAAGAAUCUUCUGCUUUAAGAUCGAUCAUACCCCUCGUCGACCACCAGCAACUUGUCGAGUGCGUCAUCGACCCAGGCUCACAAGUCAUAGCAAUGUCGGAUGGUAUCUGCAACGAGCUCGCCCUCAUCUAUGAUCCAGAGGUCGUCCUCAAUAUGCAGUCGGCUAACGGAGAGAUCGACAAAUCCCUCGGUCUCGCGCGUAACGUCCCCUUCUUAAUAGGCGAUAUCACUCUUUACCUCCAGGUACACAUCAUUCGCAACCCCGCCUACGAUGUACUCCUCGGUCGACCUUUCGACAUUCUCACCGAGAGCGUCGUCAAGAAUUUCGCCAAUGAAGAUCAGACGAUCACAAUAAGCGACCCGAACACCGGACGGAAGGCAACGAUCCCAACGGUUCGACGAGGCCCACCGAGAAUUCUCUACCGCGACAACUCGGGUUUUCGGGACUCGAGGAAUUGA